GUAUCUAUAAACACUAAUUACGUCUAUAUUUUGGAGGAGUUGAUCUGGUUUUAUUGUCCGCAAUAGUUAGGAUUUCAACAAAUCUUAUAGAAAUGCCAUUGGAAUCUUCGUCAGACCACGAAGUGGAAGAUUCCGAUUCUGAAUUCGUUGAGGUCGAUCCUUCUGGUCGUUAUGGACGGUACAAAGAAGUGUUAGGAAAGGGGGCUUGCAAAAAGGUAUAUAGAGCAUUUGAUGAAUUGGAAGGAAUUGAAGUAGCUUGGAACCAAAUAAAGGUUUAUGAUUUCUUGAGGAACCCUGAGGAGUUGGAGCGUCUGUACUCCGAAGUUCAUUUACUCAAAACCCUUAAGCACAAGAAUAUUAUCAAAUUCUACAACUCUUGGGUUGAUGCAAAGAACGAUCAUAUCAACUUCAUCACCGAGAUUUUCACCUCUGGCACAUUAAGACAGUACCGCAAGAAGCAUAAGCAUGUGGAUGUGCGAGCAUUGAAGAAUUGGUCUAAACAAAUAUUAGAGGGACUACUGUAUCUUCACAGUCACGAUCCUCCGGUUAUUCAUCGCGACCUCAAGUGUGACAACAUUUUUGUUAAUGGAAAUCAAGGAGAGGUCAAGAUUGGUGACCUUGGACUAGCUGCGAUUCUUCGCCAAGCUCGUUCUGCUCACAGUGUCAUUGGAACUCCAGAGUUCAUGGCACCUGAGCUUUAUGAAGAAGAGUACAAUGAACUUGUAGAUAUCUAUGCCUUUGGGAUGUGCCUACUUGAACUGGUGACAUUUGAGUAUCCAUAUAUUGAAUGUGCCAAUGCUGCUCAAAUAUAUAAGAAAGUGACAUCAGGUGUCAAGCCAGCUUCACUAAAAAAAGUGAAGGAUCCUGAAGUCAGGUCAUUUAUUGAGAAGUGUAUUGCCAAGGUCUCGGAUAGGUUAAGCGCCAAGGAAUUGUUGAUGGAUCGUUUUCUUCAUGCAGACGAGGAUCAUGAAGACAUAAAUAAACAAUCAAAAGCCCAUCCCCAUCCAGGUGGUGACACCGAGAACCUUGACAACGUUGAAGAAACUACAAACGACACCAUGCCGGAUACUGCUAGGGAUUUCACAUUGAAGGGUCAAAUGAGAGAUCCGAACACAGUAUUCCUGAAACUACGUAUAGAAGAUACGACAGGUCACGUUCGGAAUAUUCAUUUUCCAUUCGAUAUCAAAUUUGAUACACAGACUGCAGUUGCUAGAGAAAUGGUUGAAGAGCUGGAUUUAACGGAUCAAGAUGUCUCUACAAUCGCUGAGAUGAUUGAGGCUGAAAUUCGAUCAUGUUUUCCAGAUUGGGCACUUAACGUGAACUCCAACGAACACGAGGCCAAUGAAGUUCCAGAUUCUACCGAAGACUCCGCGUUUGACUCUCGAUACGAAUCUCCAUCCCCGUCAACAAACAAAUCCACCGGUGCUUCUCCUGGAUUUUUAUCUCUUGAACGAUUACCUUCUGGUCGGAGAUAUUGGAGUGACGAACCCAAAAAUGGUUGUUCUCCACUUCAACCCAUACCUUCAGAUGUUUCUGAAGAUGAAAAUGCAGAUCCGGAGGCUUUAUCUAGUGACGACCAUGGUUCAGGCGACGAUGCCCCAACUGAAAACAUGGAAGAAAUCCUGCAUCAUCAUCAUGACAACGACAACGACGACAACGAUGAUGAUGAUGAUGAUGAUGAUGAUGAUGAUGAUGAUGAUGAUGAUGAUGAUGAUGAUGAUACGAGACCCAAAGAAACUUCUGAUGUAAGUAUGAUUGUGGAGAAACUUGAGCAUAUAAUGGUGGAGCAGCAAAAAGAGUUGGAUGAACUUAGUAAACAACAUAGAUUGAUUUUAUCAGAUAUCUUGAUGAAACUUCCUCCCGAAACUCGGCAAGAAGUCGUUACCAGCUGCAAAGUCGAGAUCUCGAAAGCAGGCAUCUCUAAAGAUUCCAACCAUCCUCUUUGCACAAAAGGCGAAGGCGUGCACUUUGUAGCGAAAGACGGGGAGCAGGAACCAAUGGCAGUCAAAAACCAUAACCGUGGAGAUGAUACGUUCAAGCACAGGUUCAAAAGAGGGAUCGAGUAUUCGACGUCAAGCAUGGGCAUUGCUGUAAUUUUGAGGAAUGACAGUGUUAGUUCAUGACAUGAUUUGGAGGGUAAAAAACAUUUGAAGAUGAAGUUUUAGAGAGUGAAUUAAUGCUUGUACAUAUAUUUAUGCUUAUGUUUUUUUAACACAAAAAAGCUUGAUUUAUGGUUGUAAAGUUGAGUCAAUUAGUUGUGAAUCUUGAUGGAGUUUGUAGA